GCUUUGUGGUAGAUGUGUAAGUUACACAUCUACCACAAAGCAACAACCAUGGCUGGGAGGGUGCUGCCUUGCUGUAUUACAAUUACAACCUUCUUCAUAGUCAUACUAUUUGCUUGCUGUCCAGUAGUGAGGGCAAUCUUUUGCUUUGGAAGAGAAGGAGAGGUUAGGUUAGCAGAUGGACCCAACUCCAGAGAGGGGAGAGUGAACAUUUGCUUUGAAUCAGUGUGGUACACUUCGUGUCAAGAUACCUGGGGGAUUGAAGAGACUCGAGUGGUGUGUCGAGAGCUGGGAUUUUGUCAGCAAGGAGGACGCUUUGUAACAGGAGUUAUCAGAACUAUACCAGAGUUAUCAGGACUAUAUUCCAUACGAUAUCAGUGAAGUCAACUGCACUGGAGAUAAAGCUACACUGAGCGGGUGUUCUGUGACAUACUAUUCAAGUAACUGUGGCAGCGGCGUAGGGGCCGGAGUGUCUUGUUAUUCAACCCCUAAAAGGCCAACAAAUGUGGAGAUCACUCGGAUUAACUCUUCCUCCAUUCAAGUAACCUGGUCACCUCCAGACAUGGGCAACUGUACCGAUGUGGAUGGCUACAGAAUUACCUGUUACGAUGAUUUAUUGUGUUAUAGGUCUUAUUAUUUCAUGGAAGAGACUUCAAGUCAUUCAUUGAGUGUGACACUCCAUGAUCCUUAUGAUAAUGAGUAUUUCAAUUCUUGCUUCUUCUAUUGCCGUGUUUCUGGUAACAACAGUGCUGGAGUAGGUCCUGCUGUCUAUGUGGAGGGACCUCGGCCCGGCCCUCCAAGAAACGUGACAGUCCAGCCUUCACAAACAUCAAUGCUGAUUGAGUGGCUGGAGCCAGAACAAAUCUAUGAACGAUACAGUCAAUAUUAUGUGGUGUGUGGGACACAGACUAGACCUAGAGUCAGCUCUAGAUAUAUACUCAGCAUCACAGAAACAGCUGUUAACAUUACUGGACUGAGUUUGUUCACAAGAUACGAAUGCUGUGUCACAGUGAUAUUUCUCUGGUAUCGUAGUGUCCCAAGCUGCGUGAAUGCUACAACUGCUCCAGAUCUCCCUGUUGCCACUCUGGCUGUCAACGUUACUGAGAUCACAUAUAAGUCCAUCCAACUGGAGUGGUCCCGACCACAACCCAUCAAUGGCGCCAUCUCCCACUACACCAUUACAUGCCUGCCAGCUGAUGGAACUAUUGUGAGGUUGAAUACCACUGCUGAUGGACUAGAGACUGUGAGCAACCUCCAACCAUUGACCAACUACACUUGCUGUAUCUCUGCCACUAAUGAAGCUGGCGAAGGAAAUGACACUUGUGUGCAUGGAUGCAAGGACAGAGCGAGGUCCUCCUACUGAACCACAAGAAGUUGCUACAGUUUUGACCUACACUAACAGUAUCACACUGACUUGGACAGAGCCAGCUGAGAGCUAUGGACAAGCUAUCUUGUUCUAUAGUAUCAACUGCACAUCAGCACACCGCAGUGUGGAGAUACCACGAGCAUACACUACCUCUGUGGAAGUGUCUGGUCUUAAUGCCAACACCAACUACACUUGCUGUGUUUCAGCAGGGAAUUCAGUGGGCGUUGGACUCCAUCAAUGUAUCAUUGUCAUGACAACUAUAAACACUGAACAACAACCACCAUCUGACAACAGCCAAGGCAACCUGGUGACAGUUGUAUCUGCUCUAGCAGUAGUAACUGCAGUGUUGCUACUUCUGGGAAUUGUGAUAGCAUGCAUAACAUGUUGCUGUUGUUACACAAGGAAAAUGAACAAACAAGUGACUCUUAAAAGUCCUCAAAGUGGCAGAAAUCACUCUCGUACUAAAAACAAGCAUCAACACACUACCAGGAGCAAAUCUCCUGACACUACAAGCGAACAAAAAGUGAACACAUUCGAACAAAAACAGAAAGUGAACACAUCAGCAGUAUUGUACGCAGACAAGCCAAAAAAGAUUUCUACCCUACCAAAGGAGGAGAAGAAUGUGUUCAAAUUUACAAAGAACACAGAAACUCCUCCUAUUCCUACCAGUCACCAUAUUGAAGAUGAUGACUUCAUGGUUGAGAAUUUCAAUUAUCAACCAACCAUUCCCUCAAGAGCCACCGCCAUCAUGGGUCAGGUCAGUGCAGGCCCACAAAGGAGCGAUGAUGAGCCUGUAGUCCCACCUCACGCGCAACUGCUGGACAACGCAUUUGUACAAGGCCUCGAGGCGUUUGUAGCCGAGGUGAGUGGGAAAGACGCACCGGACUUAGGGGACGAAGAUAAGAAGAUUUAUCAGCCGUUAAUCACACCAAGACGUUACGAUAAAGACGUCUCCGAUGUUCAUCAAGCUCUCAUUUCAAAUAUAGAGACUCUAGGAAAAUGGCAUUUAAAACUAGAGAGAUACGAUUUGCCACAGAUUCUGAGAACCAUUACCAACCGUUGGUGAAGAGAGCAGAACAAAGUGUGUACGAGAUGGUGACAGUCAGUGCUAGCAAAGAUGGUGAGAAUAAGAAUAUUGAUCCUGUUCCUAACAAUUCUGAAGGCCACUACCAGCCAUUGAAGAAGCGUGAAGAGCCUAGCGAUUAUCAGACGAUAUCUACAUGCAUUAGUGAUCCUGGACAAACUUUAACGAGCAGUGCAAUAAUGCAGUCAGAGAGUAACUCGGAGGAGGGCCAUUAUCAAGCAUUGGUGAGGAAGCAGGAGGAGAACACUUACCAGUCAUUAACAUUGCAUAGAGUUACAGUAGUGUAGCAUGUGAUUAGCGUGUGGGUUGUAUAAUAGUGGUGUUAAUGAUAUUCAUUAUUGUGGUUAUUACGUUCAAGAGCUGUACGACGUCAU